AAGUCGCAACCUAACCUCAUAUACGGAGUUGAUAUAUAGUUGAUCUCUACUCCCGCUUGCAAUAUAAUGGAAAACAAUAUCGUACGCCCUGUCGUCAACUUCUCUCCCAGUUUAUGGGGUGAUCGAUUCCAUUCAUUCUCAAUCGACAAUCAGGUUGCUGAAGCAUACGCAAAAGAGAUUGAAAUUUUGAAGGAACAAAUAAGGGCUACGCUGCAGAUUGUUUCAGGAAGCAGUAAUGUGGCGGAGAAAUUAAAAUUCAUCAACCUGCUGGAACGCCUUGGAAUAGCAUAUCACUUUGAGAAAGAGAUUGAUGAUCAACUCCAACAUAUUUAUACCCACCACCCGCACUCGCAUGAUGAUUUGGAAACCGUUGCUCUUCAAUUUCGAUUGCUGAGGCAACAUGGUUACAACAUUUCUACUGAUAUUUUCAGCAACUUUGUUGACAGCAAUGGCAAGUUGAGAGACACCAGUGAUGUGAAGGGUCUGCUGAGCUUGUACGAAGCUUCGUACGUGAGAACACACGGUGAUGAGAUUUUAGAAGGCGUGGUUGCUUUUGCGGCGACUCGUCUCCGAUCUGCAGCACCACUUCUGGAACCCAACAGCACUUUAAAAAAGCUGGUGACGCAUGCCCUAGAUCAGCCAUUGCACACCGGCAUGCCCAGAAUCGAAACGCGCUUUUUCAUUUCGGUGUACCAAGAAGAAGAGGACUCGUCCAGGAACGAUGUGCUGCUGCGCUUUGCCAAAUUGGAUUUCAAUUUGCUGCAGAUGUUGCACAAGCAAGAGCUCAGUGAAGUAUCAAGGUGGUGGAAAGAGUUGGACUUUGCCACAACACUUCCUUAUGCAAGGGAUAGAGCAGUUGAAUGCUAUUUUUGGGCACUGGGAGUAUAUUUUGAGCCUCAGUAUUCUAAGGCUCGUGUCAUGCUUGCCAAAAAUAUUUCGAUUGUUUCGAUUUUAGAUGACACGUACGAUGCUUAUGGUACCUUAGAAGAAUUAGAUGUAUAUACAGAUGCCAUACAAAGGUGGGAUAUUAGUGAAAUUGAUCGACUGCCAAACUAUAUGAAAAUUAGCUAUAAAGCUCUGUUAGAACUUUUUGAUGAAGAUGCCAAGGUUCUCUCAAAAGAAGGAAGAUCAUAUGCCGUCCAACAUGCAAUGGAAAGAAUGAAGGAACUUGUGAGAUGCUACUUUAUUGAAGCGAAGUGGUUCAUUGGAGGACACAAGCCUUUGUUUGCUGAAUACCUUAGAAAUGCAUUCGUUUAUAAGAAGCAUUCCUACAAACACUUUGUCUACAUCUUAUUCCCAAUUCCGGCCUCUCAUAUCUUAGAGAACGGAAUUGCAAGAAGGAUGAGCUUUGGAUCAAGCUACAAUCUCUUGUUAGCUUAA